CCCAACGCCUACUCUCUCACUGUAUAAUUUCAUAUUUUUUGUUAAAAAAAUAGUUUUUUUCAAAAAGAAAAAGGAAAAAAAUAUUUUUGGGAAAUCGGAAGACGUUUUCCAAUUGUCCGUGGUGUUUCCUGGUGCUUUAUUCCUCCUCUCAGGAAUGAAGCAGAUCGAGUAUGGGGAAUCGUUUAUAGUUAGUGGGGUUGUUUAAAUUUUCAUAUGCAAAUUAGGUGUUUGGCAAUUUAUGUGGGAAUCAUCGAGGAAUUGUGAAUUCAUGUUUCUCCGUUCGAUUUUGAUUAGAUUUAAUGAUGAAGGGUUGGUUUUGUUGAGGAAUUGUUGAUUGUUGUUGGACUGAAUUUGUGUUAUUCUCUUCUUUUGGGAAAAAAAAAAAAUUGUUUUAUGUGCGAGGAACAGAUGGUUAGGGGAGGGAAGGUUGGUAGUAGGAAAAAUUUCAAGAAGAAAUUUCGGCACAAAGAUAAGGGUUCUGAUGAUUCUGAUGAGGACUAUGUUGUUUCCAGUGAUGAGAACGGAGUUUCUGAGCGUUCUGAUGAGGAUUAUUGCUCCUCUUUAGAUGAAAAUGCAUCAGGAGAGGAUAAUUUUGUUGUGGAGGAGGAUGUGGAGGAGCAGCAACCGAAGAAUGUGAGGAAAAGAGUCGGACCAAAGGCUAGGAAUGCUUUUGGUUCGCAGAAAGUGAGGAAGACAAAUGGACAAAAGAGGCGAAGAUUUAGUUAUCAAAAAGAAGAGGAUGGGGGGGACGAGGAUGAUGAGGAUUAUAGUGUAGAUAAUGAUAAUGAUUAUGAGGAGGAGGAGGAGGAGGAGGAGGAAGAAGAGGAAGAGGAAGAUGUUGAUGUUGAUGAGGAGGUUGAGGAUGAGGAUGAGGACUUUUUGCUGGAAGAAGAAGAUUUUUCAGAUGAGGAAGAACCAGUUGUUAGAAAGAGACGAACCAAUAUGAAACGAGGUCGAAAUGGGGUGAGGAAAAAUACUGUUGGCAAAGUUUGCAAGAAGAGGAGGCCAAAGGCUGCAAAGAAACCGUCAAGGAACAAACGGAGGAAGAAGAGUGGCACGCAGAGUGUACAAAACUCAGAUGAUGAUUUUUCCGACGAUUACCCUACAGUGAAGAUUACGAGAAGGAAAAGGCCAGUUUCAAAGCGGAAAAGAUAUGUUGUGCAAUCAGAUUUAGAUACCUUCCUUUCUGGGUCAUCAGACUAUGAAUAUACCAUCUCUGAAGAAGAGAGAGAGCAGGUGAGAGAAGCUGAGAGGUUGUGUGGUCAAUUGGGAAACCGAAUAAGGACUGCACCUUCACCCUCAAGGAUUGAGGAUUCUGAUAUAUGCCAGCAGAGAAAACUUCGACCUCCUGUUAGGAAGGGCAAAGAGAAAGUGGAGGAAGUCAAGGCUGAGGUAAUAAAGCAAGUAUGCGGGAUAUGCCUAUCGGAAGAAGAUAAGCGGAGAGUUCGGGGAACACUUAAUUGUUGUUCUCACUUUUUUUGUUUCUCUUGUAUUAUGGAGUGGGCAAAGGUUGAAUCAAGAUGCCCUUUGUGCAAGCAGAGGUUUCAGACAAUUAGUAAGCCUGCAAGAUCUACGGCUGGAAUUGACUUAAGGGAAGUUGUCAUACAGGUUCCCGAGCGUGAUCAGGUCUAUCAACCAUCUGAGGAAGAAUUGAGGAGUUAUCUCGAUCCCUACGAGAAUGUAAUCUGUAUCGAGUGUCACGAAGGUGGGGAUGAUAAUCUGAUGUUACUGUGUGAUCUAUGUGACUCACCGGCACACACCUAUUGCGUCGGUCUUGGUAGAGAAGUACCAGAAGGAAAUUGGUACUGUGUCGACUGUAGAAUCAUUGCUCUAGGAUCAUCAAGUCCACAGCCUUCAAGUCGGCUGUCUGAACGAAGAACCACAAACAAUUUGUUUAACAGAACAUUCCCUGUUGCAAAUCGGGAUGGUUUAGACUUGAAUUCCCUAUCUUCACCUCGUAGCCUAUAUGUUCAAGGAUUUUCAAACAUUCCAUCUCCUCGAUUACCUGUGGAAGUCCAAUCAACUUCUCCAAUGUCUCAAGCAAUCGCACCAACUCUAACGAGGAGACGAAUUCUUCGGUUGCACAUCAAUCACAUGCGUUCUUCAAGUCAAAUGGGUUUAGUAACCAAUAGAGCUGAAGGUGUUUCUGCUAUUAACCCUUGUGGUGGAGGCACCUUGAGUUUGCAGAUGGGUCAGAGUAGGGAAUCAACAGCCGAGCAUACGAUAACACAAGAAAUGGAAAUACCAAACCAAACUCUGGUUGGGGAAACCUUAUUACAUGACAGUCCCUCUCCAUUGAUGCAACAUGGCGGUUUCCUUGACCCCGAAACAAGUCAUUUGUCUAGGCAGGUACUGCAAGAUCCUCAUUGUAGCAUGCCAAUAGAUAGGACCAGCAGCAAUGGAACAAUUAUGAACCCUUUAAGAGGAUUAACGGUUGAAAAUACGAUAACAGUUGAUCGAAAUUUGAACGGAGUACUGAGGCCUGAGAUUGCUGGAAUGAAUUCGCUAUCCAACUGUGAGCAGAUUCAUCACUACAGCAAUGUAAUAAACACAGCCUCUGAUAACGGUUCACUGCCGCAUUUGGUUGGAGAUGAGAAAGAUUACUGUGCAGCAAGAGAGCAACUACAACCAAUUAUCGAUGGCCAUUUGAAGAAUUUAGCCAGAGAUAUUGAUCUAGAUCAGAGCUCAGCAGCUGACAUCGCGACGAAAGCUGCUAGCACGAUUUUAGGGGCUUGUGGAUUUGGACACUUGAUAAACGAUGCAUAUAGAGCAUCACCACCAUCCCGCUGUUCCCACAUUGAAUUGUCAAUGGGAGAAGACCGAAGAAGCCUGAUAAAGGGCCUCUGCUUGUCUUGUUUUGACUCGUAUGUUCAGGACAUAGUGAAGAAGAUUACAGAUGACGACGUAUCGUGGUUGAAUCUCAGCCUAUAGGGACUGCUUGAAAAGCAGGCUGCUUUUUACCAUCUCAUUGGUUCGGAGAUUAAAUUGUUGUUAACAUGUCCAUAGAAUUGAUUCACUGGCAUUUAAGUCACAGUUAUAUUGUUCCAGUUACAUGUCAUUUCCAAUUAUUGAAAUGAAGCUAUUGAAGUUACUUAUUGCAAA